CUGCGUGCCAAACGACUGGGAGCUGCGGAGAGGCGGGCUGUGCGCGGAGAGGAGGAGGAGCGAAGGCGACCUCACCCAGCCCCUGGCGCGCCCCUGUCUUUUUCUGCCAUUCCCCCGACGGGGCGCGCAAAGUUUGGAACCGCCCCGGAGAGCCGGCUGCAGGGAGACGCCACUUCUGCAGGGGAAAAGGACGCCGGAGGGAUGGCUAGUCGGAGCACUGCGCUGCACCUCGUGGCCGGCGGAUUUGGUGGCACAGUGGGAGCCAUUUUGACGUGCCCAUUGGAAGUGGUGAAGACCCGCCUGCAGUCGUCCUCGUUGCUCCUGAGGCCCCUUUAUCUACCUGCGGUGCAGCUGCAGGGAGUGACUGGGGCACUGAUCCGCCCAUGUCUCCAAUCAGUAGGAGUGCUUGAGCUGCUGAGAACCAUUCUUGAAAAAGAAGGAAUCCGCUCACUCUUCCGUGGCUUGGGGCCUAACCUUAUUGGAGUUGCUCCUUCCAGGGCUGUUUAUUUUGCUGCAUAUUCAGGGGCGAAGGAAAAGCUCAACAUGGUGCUUGUGCCCGAGUCCAAGAAAGUUCAUAUGUUUUCUGCAGCUUGUGCAGGAGUCACUUCGGCUACCUUGACCAACCCCAUUUGGCUGGUGAAGACUAGGAUGCAGCUGGAAGCCAGGGCCAAAGGGGAGGCGCGUGGCAGUGCUCUUCAAUGCGCCAUGCGAGUUUACCACACUGAGGGUCUGCGAGGGUUUUACCGUGGGAUUUCGGCCUCGUAUGCAGGAGUCUCUGAAACGGUCAUCCAUUUUGUUAUCUAUGAGGCGCUGAAGCAACAGCUGAGAGAAUGCCAGCCGUUUUUGUCUCCAUCCUUCAUCUUCCCACCCAACAGCCAGGACUUCUUGGGGCUGAUGGGAGCAGCUGCAAUCUCAAAAACCUGUGCCUCGUGCAUGGCUUAUCCACAUGAGGUCAUCCGGACACGACUACGAGAGGAGGGCUCACGUUACCGCUCCUUCGUGCAAACUCUGCAGCUUGUGGUCAGAGAAGAGGGUCCCUCAGCUCUUUACCGCGGGCUUCUGGCCCACCUGAUCCGUCAGAUCCCCAACGCAGCUAUCGUCAUGGUCACCUACGAAUUGACUAUUCACUUGGCAACAAAAAUGUGACCACCUUCCCUUCCCGGUGAUUGGCCAAUGGAUUGGCUAAUGUCUGUAAAUGCAUCUAGGGAAAUGCAGUACCUUCACAGUAGACAUGUUUUCCCAGUCUGUGAUUGGACACCGACUGCCAUACAGGAAAGAUCUAAUGACUGGUAGCUUCUGUCUGUGUUCUUGAGACUUGAUAACUGAAGGAUGUUUUCCACUGCACAGGACCUCAAGCUGCCUCAAGGCAUCAUGGGAAGAUGUAACAUCUAAAUCAGAGAGAUGAUGAGCUUGCCAAGCAGAAGCAGCAAUGUGGAGGUGUAUAUGUCAGAAAAGGACCUUAAGUCCCACUCAGCAGGCAUACUGUCUUUCUAGGAUUGGCCUCCAACGUGCUGGUCAAUGCAGAGGUUAUGUGCUACUACUUAGUUUGGGGCCCUGGCCAAGCUGGUCAAAAAUCACAAUUUCUACAGAGAACAAGCAGUGGAGAAAUUCUGCAAGGAGCAGCUUUAUGCAGAAGUGUGAAUGACGCUCUUUUACACUGGCAUCGCUCUGUGACCAGAACCUGACUCUAAAGCAUUUCCUUCCUGCUUCAGCAAAGGCCUGAAAAUGUUCUUUCUCAACCACGUGAGCCUUUGGCAAGGCAACUGCCCCACCACCACCACCACCCCCCCGAAGGCAACCAGAAUGUCUGUCCUUCCAAAUUCAUGCUCCCCAUCUGCUCCUUGCUGAUGGAGGUAACUGUGCAUCAGGCAGUUUGCAGCUGAGCAGAGAGAGAGAACCAAACUCCUCUGCUGUAAAGCCCCCAGCUGAUAUAGCAGCUUCAGUUUGCAUUGCCUGUGGCCUGAACUACAGAUGUUUCAUUUGCAGAGCUCAUCUUCCUCCUAAACAAGAGGGUAAAGAGCCAAGUGAAUGGGCAUAACUGGUAGGAUACCUUUGAUGUGGGGGUGGGGAGGGGAGGGGAAGAGAAGGGAAGGGAAGGGAAGGGAAGGCUGCACAGCGGCAGUACAGAAAGUCACUUGCAGCUGAAAUGUGGCCUAGCGUGUGUGGAUUUCUGGCUCCACCUGACAGAAAAAAUAUUGAAACAUUUCAUUUUUAGAUAUACUGAAAUUCUAUGUUUUAAGUUAUAUAUUAAUAUAUUUGUACGAUUUCAUAUUAUUGUAUUAAAACACAAGUGCUGAAGA